UAGGCCUAUGCUCGACGCUUACGGCCUUUGAGUAGGAAAGGAUCUUUAUCGUGCCACAGCUGCUGUGACACGUAACCUUGGUUUUGCGGUCUCAUCCGAAGAACCGCCCCAUUUAUUCGCCUCUUACGACAAACAAGGGGUACAGAAUACCUAUUCCAACCCGAAUCUUCACGGGACCCGGUCUAUAAAGAAUAUGACUAUGUGUAAUCAGACUGUUCUAACACUAGCAUUUUAAUUGUAAACCAUGCCUAGUUUCUUCAACCAUGUUAAGCAUUUCACCAUGUUAAUUGAAGUACAUUCUGAUGAGCGGAACAUAACUCGUCCAUCAUGGAUAUUCUGGGAUUAGCUGAGGUUCCCGGAUGGUUAUUGACAAUCUUUUUUCUCAUCCUCUCUCUUUACUUGUAUUCAAAGUAUAAGCUGAGUUUUUGGAGCAGACUUCGUGUGCCCCAUCCAAAACCUACACUGUUCCUAGGUCACGCCAAACUGAUGAAAGAUGGAAUUGGAGAAUUUGAUUUGAAGAUGAUUAGAACAUACGAUAGAGUAGUAGGGACAUACAUUCUUCAUAGACCCACCCUUCUGAUUUUGGACCCGGAGUUAGCACGUGACAUCUUAAUCAAGAAUUUCUUCAUGAUCCCAAACACAUCAUUUAUAUUUAAGCGACGCACUGGCCUUGGUCAAGCUUUGACCAGACAGAAAGGAGACAGGUGGCGCUUUAUGAGGAACACAAUUUCUCCAAUAUUUUCGUCCGGAAAAAUGCGCAAGAUUUCACCAAUACUCGCUGAGUCGUGUGGCAGCCUGCUCACGAAUGUUGAGAAGGAAGCAAAAUGUGGGCAUUCAAUGGAAUUCAGACGAAUAUUUGGAAAUUUUACAAUGGACGCUAUUGCUGGUAUUGGAUUUGGAAUCAAAUUAGAUGCUUAUGGAGAAGAAAAUAACGAGUUUAUAUUGAACGCAAAAGCGAUUUUCGACAACUUUAUAGGCUACGGAACGUUUAUUAAUGCAUUCAUGCCGCCCCUGUACAACCUUCUGUUUAAGCUAAGGUUGGACUUAGACAAACAAACCAAGAGCGAUAUGUUCUUCAAAGGAUUGGUGGAGCAGGCCGAGAACUUGCGAGGGGGCCAUCAGGAUAGGGUUGAUAUCCUACAACUUUUGUUAAAUGCUCACAGAGAUACAGAAAUCAGUGACACAGAACAGACACUUGAAUAUGAAGACGGAAAAGGCAAUUGGGAAAAGAGAGGUCUUUCAAAAGAAGAAGUGAGCGGAAAUUCCACCUUGUUUAUGGUUGCUGGAUACGAAACUACUGCUACAACAUUGACGUUUGCUGCGUAUUGCUUAGCAACACAUUUGAAUUAUCAAGAACAAUUGAUCGCGGAAAUUGAUUCAACCAUUGGACAGGAGACGCCAGAUUAUGACAACAUACAGAAGAUCGAGUAUCUGGAUUGCGUUAUCAAGGAGACAUUGCGUUUAUAUCCACCAGCCCAAAGAAUACAGCGUGAAACUCACCAGGAAAUGGAGAUUGGUGGUGUCGUUAUACCCCCAAAUACACCUGUUUCGGUACCCAUAUAUGGUUUCCACAGAAGUCCAAAGUUCUGGAGCGAUCCCGAAGUAUUUAACCCCGACAGGUUUUUGGAAAAGAACAAGUCCAAGCUGAUUCCAGGUGCAUUCCUUCCGUUUGGACUGGGGCCGAGGUCGUGUAUUGCCAUGCGGUUAGCUUACAUGGAAGCCAAAUGCGCCCUGAUAACAAUUCUACAGAAAUACAAGUUCAUACCGUGUGAACAGACGGAGAUUCCUGUUGAGUUGGAUGGCAGAUUCUUUUUGAAGCCCAAAAACGGGAUUGUUUUGAAACUGGAAAAACGAGAAACUUAAGCAUUUUAGUAAACUUGAAGAUAACAAAUCUGUGGAAAUAUACGCACCUACAUGGAGGUGGCCUGAAGUCAACAUAUUUUAGCAUUCUAACCAUGGAGAUCAACUUCUUAGAUAUGUGAAUGAUAUAAUGUGAACUUGACAUGUAGUAAAAUGAUCUUCGAAAA